AUGAAUUUCAUUGUCGAGGAUUCCGAGGAAGUCGACUACGAGUCGGAAUUGUCGUUUCCAGCAUGGGAAGACGAAGAGGAUGAGAUGCGCUUACGGUACGACGUGAGCCCAGCUCGAACCUUGCGGACACCGUUUCCAUUCCCCGACCUCUCGACUUCCGGGGAUUUUGGUAUUGCUACCAGUUGUCUCGACGAGGCACAGGAGCAGCAAUUGGAGGAUGCCCACAGGGCGGCUCUUAUGCGCUCGUAUCCACAUUCAGUCCUAGAUCCUCACGUGGAGUACGGCUUCCGCUCGGCGGAUUUAGCUACUGAAGCGAAAGACACGAUCACAUCGUUAGGCGUCUACGUAGUCGGGCCCCCUGCAACUACACAUGCUGAUCUCGACAAACGUAAAAAUCUCCGAGCUCGCUUCUCGGUACCAUAA